UUAAUUAGGCAUUGAGAACCUUUUCUUUGUCAUAACUACUAGUUUGCACUCGUGGGAUACUCACGAUUUUACAAGGUUAGGUUAGAUGGUAAGCUACAUGGUCACCACACAACAUAACGUGUUUGGGUGUGGUUAAUACCGUGGGAUCUUUACUAGAUCAGUAGAUUUAAAUUGUUUGCCGUACGUGCAUCUAGAUCGUGAUCAUUUACAAAUCUUUCAUAAUGAAGAAAAGAAGCUUCUCCGGUAAUGUUGGUGUCGGUGUCUUCAUUGUUGGUCUCGUGUGUGUUUGCGUUGCAUUUGGUACACCAGCAUGGCUAGUGAGCGAUUAUCGUAUCACUGGUGCAAAACUCGACAAAUUAGGCCUAUGGACGCAUUGCUUUAGAUCACUUCCGAAUCCUCAAGAAAUGGACGCACCAAGACGCUUUUUCGUUGGUUGUAGAUGGGUGUAUGAUCCCUUCACCGCAGGAUACUCUGACAUUCGAGGUUUUCUACUCCCUCCAUUUAUGAUAGCAACACAGUUUUUCUUUACUUUGUGCUUCCUCUUGACUAUGAUAUCAUUCGUAUUGAUAUUACUGUUCACUCUGUGCUGCGAUCCAGAGCAAAAACGUUAUGUACAACUUAUCAUGAUAAUUGGAGGUUUACUGCUGGUUGGUGGAAUAAGUGGUGGAUUAGCUGUAAUUAUAUUUGCUUGUUUGGGAAACACUGAUGGCUGGAUGCCUGGACAUGCAAAUAAUUUCUUUGGCUGGUCCUUUAUAAUGGCAGCUCUGGGUAGCAUACUGACUAUUAUAGCAGGAGCACUUUUCCUUGUUGAAGCAAAUCUUCAACAUAAGAAGAGAGAGUAUUUGAAAGAAUCUCAAACAAGAUUUCAGCUUGAAUCUCGUACAUGAGUUAGAACAUUAUUAUCACAUAAGACUUGCACAAUAUUUUAGUAUCAAAACUUUGUAAUAUUAUUCCGUCCAUGUAUUGAAUAGUUUUUAACGAUAGUAGAGUGUAAGACAUGUUUUUCAUUAUUCUAGUACAAAGUACGUUGUAAAGCAAGAUUUGUAUUUUUGUAAGUUUUAUAUAUACAAGUGUAUAAAAUUGUAUCGAAUAGUAUUGAGAAAGAGAUCUCUCUAUGCUAAAUACUUUGAGUAUUCGUCGGCAAUAUAUUAAGCAAUUAAUAUAUAUUUAAAGCUAAUUACUUUAGUGAAGGAAGAGUACUCUCAACUGUAUUUAAUAGAAAGAUUUUCUUUUCUUACAAAUUGCAAAAAUUGUUAUAGAAAGUUGUAUAAAUUUUAUAAUGUAAACAUCUACUGCCAGUGGUCAAUUUAUACGUACAAGAUUUAUAUACGUAUUAAUUUAAUUAUCCGUCCUUAAAUGUAAAUUGUGAAAGAAUUGUUUUUAUCUAAACACAUCGUUUUUUUUUGUAAUAUAUCUUUACUUCAAUAAAAAUAAAAUUAAAU